AUGGCUAUGAGAUCCCUGUGGACUGCUACCCUGCUCCUAGCCCUGACAGUGUCUACGUGCUAUGGUGUUCCAACCUACCAACAUUUUUUGAUGACACACGUGGACUUCCCCAGGACACAAUUCUCGAACAAUGCCCUUUAUUGCCAAGUCAUGAUGAUACAGCAUGGCAUAAAUGUCCAUGGAACGUGCAAAACCAUCAACACCUUUGUGCAUGCACCACCCACAAAUCUGAACACUCUCUGCACAAACCAGCCCAAUUGGGCCCUUCAUACAACGCAGCAGCAAUUUCCUGUCACAGUCUGUAACCUGAUCAGGAGGCAUCCAACCUGCACAUACACCAGUGUCAACGGUUUAUGGGCCAAUCAAUUCAACCAUCAUGUCCGAGUGGGAUGUUGGGGAGGGCUUCCCGUGCAUCUGGAUAACACCUUCCCAUGA